CGAGUCGGAGAGAGAAGAGAGAGAAAAAAGAGGGAGAGAGAAAUGGCUAUGGCUGGAGAAGAGGAAAACAGCGAGUUCUACUUGAGGUACUACGUUGGUCACAAGGGAAAAUUCGGCCAUGAAUUCUUGGAGUUCGAGUUCCGACCCGACGGAAAGCUCCGGUACGCUAACAACUCCAACUACAAAAACGACACCAUUAUUCGCAAGGAGGUUUACGUCACCCCAGCCGUCCUCCGCGAAUGCCGUCGCAUCAUCAACGAUAGCGAGAUCUUGAAAGAAGAUGAUAACAACUGGCCAGAACCUGACCGUGUUGGUCGCCAAGAGCUUGAGAUUGUUAUGGGGAACGAGCAUAUUUCCUUUACUACUUCAAAGAUUGGAUCCCUUGUUGAUGUUCAAAGCAGUAAUGAUCCAGAAGGGCUUCGUAUUUUCUAUUAUCUUGUUCAGGAUCUGAAAUGUUUUGUUUUCUCUUUAAUCUCACUUCACUUCAAGAUCAAGCCUAUAUAAACAUGGGUUGUAAUGUCUGUCUGCCUUACAAAUAUCUUGAGAAUUUCAUUUUGUGCCUGUACUGCAAGUAGGCUUUAGUUGUUUUGAAUCGUCUGCAGAUGUAUUUCAAUGGGUUAUUUUGUGUUCCAUUAUUUGAUUGUGAUUUGUUGUGGUUCAUGAAACUUAGUUUUGAUAUCAUCUCUCAGUUGAUGUGGUAAUUGAGAAGCCUAUACGGCAUUUAUUUAUGCA